CUGCAAGUCAAAACUCAGACUUGAUUUCCUAAUUUGGCCUAUGGUAUUUUCUUAUAAAUUGAGACCUUAACUAUGUGAACAACACAGAGCUCUCUAGUUUGAGAAAAUGGCCAAAUUUUCUCCUCAAUCCCAAAUGGCCAAAAAGUUUCUUUCUUUAUUUUUCUUAUUCAUAAUCUUCUUCAUUUCCGCUGCGACGAUCCAACACAAUGACGGGAGGCUAGAAGGUAAGGUAGCAAUUAUAACUGGUGGUGCUAGUGGCAUAGGAGCAGCCACAGCUAGGCUUUUUGUUCAACAUGGUGCAAAAGUUGUAAUUGCUGACAUACAAGACAAUCUUGGAACUUCCUUAGUAAAAGAAAUUGGCACAAAGCAAACAAUUAUCUAUGUCCAUUGCAAUGUUGCGAUCGAAUCGGAUGUCAAAAAUGUUGUUGAUACAACAAUUGCCAAAUUUGGUAAGCUCGACUUAAUGUUCAGUAACGCUGGUGUAUUGGGUAAUCCAUAUACCAGCAUCUUAGACAUAGAUUACGACAUAAUCAAGAACGUGUUUGAUGUAAACGUUCUUGGGGGGUUCUUCUGCGCGAAACACGCUGCUAGAGUAAUGAUUCCGAACAAGAAAGGUUCCAUUAUCUUCACUGCAAGUAUAGUGGCAACGGAUUAUAGUGCUCUGACGCAUGCCUAUACGGCUUCAAAGAAUGCACUUUUGGGACUUUCCAAGAAUGUUGGAAUCGAAUUAGCAAAGUAUGGAAUAAGAGUUAAUUGUGUGUCUCCUUAUGCAAUUAGCACACCAUUGAUGCUAAAUGGAUUUAGAAUAAACAAACAAAUGGCAGACAAAUGGUUUGCAGAAUCAGCAAAUCUGAAAGGACCUUUACUAGGUGUUCAAGAUGUUGCAAAUGCAGUGUUGUAUUUGGCAAGUGAUGAUUCUAAAUAUGCAAGUGGUUUGAACCUAAUUCUUGAUGGUGGUUAUACCACCACAAAUGUGGCUUUAACAGAGGUCUACAGGAAAUUAUUUUUAUCAAAUACCACCAACAAAGUGUAAUCAUCUAAAUUGCAUUCAAAUGAUUUAUCAGAUCAUUUGACUGAAAACUAUCCAAAUAUGCGAAUUAUGAAUCUAUAUCAAUAAAAACAAGGAAUACAAAGCUAGCCUGCUUUGAUCAAUUGAUUAUAGUUCGAAAUAAAGUUGAAUGAUUGAUUUUUUUUCC